AUGGCUCUUGCUCCCAAGUUUGCCGGACAGGCUCUUUCAACCAGCCUUGGUUCCAACCACACCCUGGAACUGUUCCUUGAUUACGUGUGCCCUUUCUCCAAGAAACAGUUCGACACCUUCUACAAGGAAGUUGCACCCAUCAUCGAGCAGAAGUACUCGAACAACUUGCAAGUCAUCUUCCGCCAGCAGAUUCAGCCAUGGCACCCUUCAUCCACUUUGGUCCACGAGGCGGCCGUAGCAGUCCUGAGAGCCGAUCCCUCCAAGUUCUGGCCCUUCUCUGCUGCCCUCUUCGAUAAGCAAACCGAUUACUUCGAUGUCAAUGUUGUCAACGAGACCAGAAACCAGACUUACAAGCGCCUUGCAAAGCUUGCCGCUACUGUCGGUCUCGACGAGAGCAAAAUCUACAGUCAGCUCGAGAUCUCUGACAAGCCUGGUCCAGAUGGAAGUUUGAACUCUGGCAACCAGGUGACCAACGAUCUGAAGUUACUUAUUAAGGCUGGUCGCUUGGUUGGCGUUCACGUCUCGCCUACUUUUAUGUUCAAUGGACUCAACGAACCAAGCAUCUCCAGCAGCUUCACGAAAAAGGAUUGGGAGGAGUGGCUGCAGAAAAACGUUGUUUGA